UUUAUCAAAUAAGUCCUUUUUUUCAUACGGUUUAUUCAAGUCAAAACCUAUUUGAAAAGAAACCAUGCACACAAUCCUUCUUUUAAUGUGUUUCAAAGAAUCUAACCCAUAAAACGACACAUAUUCCUUGAUAUACGUGUUGUUGAUUGAUUUUCUUCCAUGCAAGAUUAAACAAGAUAUGAUCAGGGAGUUACUCUUUGGUUUCCUGUUGAUUCAUUCAUCUCUCGCCAAACAUUUACAUGUUCAUCCCGGCAAUAACAAACCCACACGUCGGACCCGGUUAGAAGCUAUCACUGGUCCUGGUCCUGGUCCUGGCAAGAAAUGGCUAACAUUGCAUGGUAGGGAGCCAUUGGUGAUAGCCCAAGGUGGGUUUCCUGGUUUAUUCCCGGACUCUUCUGGGGCGGGUUAUGCUGCGGCUAUAGCAAUGGGUGUUAUUGGAACCCUAAAGUAUUGUAACUUGCAACUAACCAAAGAUAAUUUAGGAGUUUGUCUUCCGAAUGUAAAGCUUGAUAACUGCACCAAUGCAGCUACCAGAUUCCCGAAGCACCAACGAAGGUAUAGCGUGAAUGGGCGUGAUAUUGAUGGUUGGUUCCCUCUGGAUUUCACUAUCGACGAGAUAAUGAAGGAGAUACGUUUGAUACAGAAUAUUUACUCAAGAGCAAGUGUUUUCGAUUUCGUAUACCCUUUGCUGCAACCCGAUAGCGUUUUCGGCAUGGAGCCGAAAGGCCACCUCUGGUUGAAUGUUCAGAACGAUGCUUUCUGGAGCUCACAUCAGUUAAACGUAAUACGAUACAUCGAUGAGUCCAAACAAUACUUUGUGGCGGAUUAUAUCUCGUCACCGGAGAUUGGUUUCUUGAAAGCCAUGGCAGCAAGCAAAACAUUCGAUCGGAUAAAAACAAAGCUUGUUUUCCGGUUCCUAACUGUCGUUGAGGUCGAGCCUACUUACAAAGAAACAUAUGGCGCACUCCUAAAGAAGCUAGCUAUGAUCAAGACAUUUGCAUCGGGGAUUUUUGUCCCAAAAAACUACGUAUGGCCCAUCGGUAAAGAUGGAUACCUACAACCCGCAACCACUCUCGUUGCCGAUGCUCAUCGAGAAGGCCUUGAAGUGUAUGUCGCAGGGUUUGCAUCUGAUACAUUUUCGAGUUAUAAUUACAGCUAUGAUCCUGAGGUUGAGUACUUGCAAUUCAUCGAUAAUUCACAGUUCUCCGUUGAUGGGGUUGUUACUGAAUUCCCAGGAUCUGCUUCGAACGCCAUCGCAUGCUUAGCUCAAAGUCCAAAACCAACCAAGAAGGUGGUGGAUGCUUUGAUCAUAUCUCACAAUGGAGCAAGUAUCGAUUACCCGGGGUGCACUGAUCUCGCGUAUAAGAAGGCUAUCAAUGAUGGCGCGGAUAUAAUCGAUUGCAAUGUCCAAAUGACAAAAGAUGGUGUUGCGUUUUGCCUUGAUUCGGCUGAUCUCUUGGGAAAAACUAACGCGGCAAUGGCUUUCAUGGAUCGGUCUACCUCAGUGCCAGAAAUCCAACCGAAAAAUGGUGUUUUUACAUUUGAUGUGACGUGGACUGAGAUCAAAUCUGUUAAGCCAUUAAUUCAGAACCCGUUUCAGUCUGGCGGAUUGUUACGAAAUCCUAAAUCAAAGAACGCCGGAACAUUUUUAAAAGUCCCCGAGUUUUUGGAGCUUGCCAAGAAGAAUGCAUCGACCGGUAUUCUGAUCGGAAUCCAAAAUGCUGCUUACCUAGCAUCCAAGAAGGGUCUUGACAUCCUCCAAUCAGUCAAUGAAGCCCUGAAGAACGCGAAAUUGAACCCGAAACAACAAAUUUUAAUCCAAUCAGAUGACACCUCUAUCCUGGAAAAGUUCAAGAACUCAAACCCGACUUACCAACGAAUUCUAUUGUUCAGCAAGCCGAUCAGCGAUGCACCAAAGCCAGUUACCGAUAACAUCAAGAAAUAUGCCGAUGCAGUCAAUGUAGUGAAGAAGUCAAUAAUGCCAGAGAGCAAGAUUUACAUUACAAACGGAGCCACAAAAAUUGUAGAACAAAUGCAUGCUGCAAACAUCUCGGUGUACGUCUCGGGAUUCUCAACGGAAACUUUAAGUAUGCAGCUCGAUUUCUAUAGUGAUCCGUACAUUGAGCUUGUUUCAUUCAUUGCAGAGAGUAUUGAUGGUGUGAUCACCGAUAACCCGAAAACCGCAAGUGCAUUCUUGAGGAGUCCAUGUGUUGACCCAAACAGCAAGGCUGCAUUUGUUUUCCAACCGAUUAAACCCGGUGAUUAUCUCGCUCAAGUUGAACCCACGGUUUUGCCACCGGCUUCAACACCAAUUCCUCCUCUGCGGGUGACGGAUGUUGUCGACCCGCCAUUGCCUCCCGUGAAUGCUGCUGCACGCAAAGAAGCUGACUCUGACAAGAGUGGUGGUGAUGGUGGUGGUGGAUCGGAAUCUGGCCAACGGAGAAUGGCCGUGGAUGUGGUGGCAACAAUGUUAUUGUUGAUUGUGGUGUUCUUUCUAAUGGGGUGUUGA